UACCCUACCUGUUACCUGCGUUUCUAAAUCUGGCAUGCUACACAAAUGUCGCUUUGCCACAGGCCUGACAUUCUCCAGUGAUCCUCUAACUGAAGAGCUACAGUGUUCUGUGUGUCUAGAUGUGUUCACCGAUCCGGUCACCAUCCCCACCAUCCCGUGUGGACACAACUUCUGUAAGAGCUGCCUGAACCAGUGCUGGGACAAGAGUGAGGCCUGCUGCUGUCCACUCUGUAAAGAAACAUUUAAUAAAAGACCCGACCUCAAGAUCAACACAGCACUUAGGCGGGUCGUACAGCUCUUUAAAGAAAAGUCCUGUCUGACAAAACCUGAUGUUCUCUGUGACAUCUGUGAUGAAAGAAAGCUGAAAGCCCUGAAGUCCUGCCUGAUAUGUCAGAGCUCUUACUGCGAGACUCACCUGGAGCCUCAUCAGAGAGUCCCACGAUUAAAAAAACACAAAUUGAUAAACACUGUAGAAAAUCUGGAAGACUAUAUAUGCCAGAAACACGAGAGACCUCUGGAGAUGUUCUGUAGAGAUGAUCAGACGUUUGUGUGUCUGUUCUGCACUGAUGGAGACCACAAGACUCACAACACUGUUCCUCUGGAGGAGGAGAGCGAGGAGAAGAAGACUCAAGUGAUGAAGAUACAAACAGAAGUGCAGCAGAUUAUCCAGGACAGAAUGAAGAAGAUUCAAGAUAUCAAACACUCAGCAGAACUCAGAAAAGCACAGAAGGUGGGAGUGUUUGUGGAUUAUGAGGGAGGUCUGGUCUCUUUUUAUGACAUGAAGUCAAGGUCUCAUAACUACUCUUUCACUGGCCAGACCUUCACUGAGAAACUCUUUCCAUAUUUUUUCCCAUCACUAAACAAAGAUGGUAAAAACUCAGCCCCACUGAUCAUCUCACCUAUCAAUUGA